GCGCGGUGCACACGGAGCAUGGAGCCUGCCUGAGCCAUUCCGCGGGCAGCUGCUGCUGCGGCACAACAUGGAGGCGGCCGUGCCGCCGCCGCCACGGCGGCUGCUGCUGUGGCUGCUCCUGUUGCUGCUUGCUGCCGCGGAGCUUUGGUGUAAGUCGGGCUCCGUCGAAGCUUCUCCUCUCUUGCUUUUUGCUAACCGAAGAGAUGUCAGACUGGUGGAUGCUGGAGGAGUGAAGAUGGAGUCAACAAUUGUUGUUAGUGGCCUGGAGGAUGCUGCUGCAGUUGACUUCCUGUACUCACAGGGUGUUAUUUACUGGACAGACGUGAGCGAAGAAGCCAUCAAGCAGACUUACUUUAACCAAACUGGGAAUCUGGUACAGAAUGUUAUUGUUUCGGGUCUGGUUUCCCCAGAUGGCCUGGCUUGUGACUGGAUUGGGAAAAAACUUUAUUGGACAGAUUCUGAAACAAAUAGGAUAGAAGUUGCUAAUCUCAAUGGAACAUCUAGGAAAGUUCUCUUCUGGCAAGACCUUGACCAGCCAAGAGCAAUAGCCCUGGAUCCAGCUCAUGGAUACAUGUAUUGGACAGACUGGGGGGAGACACCUAGGAUAGAACGUGCUGGAAUGGACAGCAGUGUUCGGAAAAUAAUUGUAGAUUCUGACAUUUAUUGGCCUAAUGGACUCACCAUAGAUCUUGAGGAACAAAAGCUUUAUUGGGCAGAUGCAAAGCUGAGUUUCAUUCACCGAGCAAAUCUAGAUGGCUCUUUCAGGGAAAAAGUUGUGGAGGGUAGCCUAACUCACCCAUUUGCCCUGACACUGGCUGGAGAUACCUUGUACUGGACAGACUGGCAAACUCGCUCCAUUCAUGCCUGCAACAAAAGGACAGGAGAGAAAAGGAGGGAAAUAUUAAGUUCACUGUACUCACCAAUGGACAUCCAGGUUUUGAGUCCUGAAAGACAGCCAUAUUUUCAUACACCCUGUGAGGAUAAUAAUGGGGGCUGCUCACAUUUGUGCCUGUUGUCUCCAAGAGACCCUUUUUACAGUUGUAACUGUCCUACUGGAGUCCAGCUUCAAGAAGAUGGCAAGACUUGCAAAGCAGGUGCUGAGGAAGUGCUUUUGCUAGCUAGAAGAACAGAUCUACGAAGAAUUUCUUUGGACAUGUCAGAUUUCACAGACAUUAUACUGCAGAUAGACAAUAUCAGGCAUGCUAUUGCGAUAGACUAUGAUCCUGUGGAAGGUUAUAUCUACUGGACUGAUGAUGAUGUCAGAGCUAUUCGUCGGGCUUUUCUUGAUGGGUCUGGAGCACAAACCAUUGUUUCAACUGAAAUAGAUCAUCCUGAUGGUAUCGCGGUAGACUGGAUAGCGAGAAACUUGUACUGGACUGACACUGGUACGGACCGCAUUGAAGUUACACGAUUGAAUGGGACGUCAAGAAAGAUCCUUAUAUCAGAAAAUCUAGAUGAACCCAGAGCAAUAGUACUCAAUCCUCUGAUGGGCUACAUGUAUUGGACAGACUGGGGUGAAAAUCCAAAGAUUGAGUGUGCUUACUUGGAUAGCUCUGAAAGAAAAGUCCUGGUGAACACCUCUUUAGGGUGGCCUAAUGGUUUGGCAUUGGACCUUGAAGAAGGCAAACUUUAUUGGGGAGAUGCAAAGAUCGACAAAAUUGAGGUAAUAAAUCUAGAUGGAACCAUGAGAAAAACUCUGAUAGAAGAUAAACUGCCACACAUAUUUGGAUUCACUUUGCUUGGUGACUACAUCUAUUGGACAGACUGGCAGAGGCGAAGCAUUGAAAGAGUUCACAAAAUAAGGGCAAGUAGGGACAUUAUCAUCGAUCAGUUGCCAGACCUGAUGGGCCUCAAAGCAGCAAGUGUCACUAAAGUGGUUGGUUCAAAUCCGUGUGCUGAGAACAAUGGAGGCUGCAGCCACUUGUGCUUCUUCACACCUCAGGAGUGCCGAUGUGCCUGUCCCAUUGGAUUGGAGUUACUUAGUGAUAUGAAGACCUGUAUCAUUCCAGAAGCUUUUCUUGUCUUUACCAGCCGAGCAGCCAUUCAUAGGAUUUCUCUGGAAACAAAUAAUAAUGACGUAGCUAUCCCGCUUACUGGUGUCAAAGAAGCUUCGGCACUAGAUUUUGAUGUGUCUGAUAACAGGAUUUACUGGACAGAUAUUAGUCUAAAGACGAUCAGCAGGGCUUUCAUGAACGGAAGUGCAGUUGAGCAUGUGAUUGAGUUUGGAUUGGAUUAUCCGGAAGGAAUGGCUGUAGACUGGAUGGGAAAGAAUCUUUAUUGGGCAGAUACUGGCACCAAUAGAAUCGAAGUGGCACGCCUGGAUGGGCUAUACCGUCAAGUCCUUGUGUGGAAAGAUCUGGACAACCCAAGAUCUCUAGCCCUCGACCCAUCUAAAGGGUAUAUGUACUGGACUGAGUGGGGAGGCAAACCAAAGAUAGUUCGGGCAUACAUGGAUGGAACUAACAGCAUCACCCUCGUGGAUAAAGUGGGACGUGCAAAUGAUCUUACUAUUGAUUACGAAGAUCAAAGACUCUAUUGGACUGACCUGGACACAAGCAUGAUUGAGUCAUCCAAUAUGCUAGGGCAAGAGAGGGAGAUAAUCGCAGACGAUCUACCUCAUCCCUUUGGGCUAACUCAGUACAGUGACUUCAUCUACUGGACAGAUUGGAAUCUUCACAGUAUUGAACGAGCCGACAAGACAAAUGGAAGGAACCGAACACUAAUUCAGGGACGUCUCGAUUUUGUGAUGGAUAUAUUGGUUUUCCAUUCAUCACGACAGGAUGGCUUUAAUGAAUGUGUGCAAAACAAUGGGCACUGUGGACAGUUGUGCCUGGCCAUACCAAAUAGUUAUAUAUGUGGCUGUGCAUCUCAUUACACCUUGGAUCCCAUCAGCCGGAACUGCAGUUCACCGAGCAGCUUCUUGCUGUUUAGUCAGAAGUCUGCAAUAAGCCGGAUGAUACCAGAUGAUCAGCAGAGUCCAGAUAUCAUCCUUCCUGUUCAUGGUCUAAGAAAUGUGAAGGCUAUUGAUUAUGAUCCCUUGGAUAAACUAAUCUAUUGGGUAGAUGGACGGCAAAAUAUUAUAAAAAGAGCUAAAGAUGAUGGCACCCAGCCUUUCACAAUCAUGGGUACCCCUAACCAAAGCCAGAAUCCAGAAAAGCAGCCACAUGAUCUGAGCAUUGAUAUUUUCAGUCAUACUUUGUACUGGACUUGUGAGGCAACAAAUACAAUCAAUGUUCACAGACUUAAUGGAGAGCAGAUUGGAGUUGUACUGCGAGGAGAUCAUGACAAACCAAGGGCCAUAGUAGUAAAUGCUGAGCGAGGAUAUAUGUAUUUCACCAAUAUGCAAGAACGAGCCCCAAAGAUAGAACGUGCUGCUUUGGAUGGGACAGAACGCGAGGUGCUUUUCACUACUGGCUUACUCCGUCCUGUUGCCCUAGUGAUUGACAAUAAGCUUGGGAAACUCUUUUGGGUGGAUGCUGAUCUUAAGCGAAUUGAAAGCUGUGAUUUAUCAGGAGCUAACCGUGUUACAUUACAAGACUCCAAUAUUCUUCAACCAAUGGGUUUGACAGUGCUGGGAAAUCACCUGUAUUGGAUUGACCGACAGCAACAGAUGAUAGAAAGAGUUGAGAAGACCAAUGGGUACAAGAGGACCAGAAUUCAAGGCCGAAUUGCUCACUUAACAGGCAUUCAUGCAGUUGAAGAAAUCGACAUGGCGGAAUUCUCUGCCCAUCCUUGUUCCCGGGAUAAUGGUGGAUGUUCACAUAUAUGUAUUGCAAAAGGAGAUGGGACCCCACGGUGCUCAUGCCCAGUUCACCUGGUACUUCUGCAGAAUCUCUUAACAUGUGGAGAGCCCCCAACAUGUUCGCCAGAUCAGUUUACAUGUGCAACUGGGGAGAUAGACUGCAUACCUAUGGCCUGGCGGUGUGACGGAUUCUCUGAAUGUGAUGACCAAAGUGAUGAGGAUAACUGCCCAAUCUGCUCAGCCACCCAGUUUCAGUGUGAGAAAGGGAAGUGCAUUGAUAGACACUUGAGGUGCAAUGGAGAAAUCGAUUGCCAGGAUAAAUCUGAUGAAGUGGAUUGUGAAACAAUUUGCCUCCCAAAUCAGAUUCGAUGUGACAAUGGCCAGUGUGUCCUCAUAAAACAGCAAUGUGACUCCUUUCCAGAUUGCAUUGAUGGCUCUGAUGAACUUGCAUGUGCAAAAAUUGAAUCAUCUUCGGAUGAGACCCAGCCUCACAGCAGUGCUAUUUGGCCUGUCAUUGGCAUCAUCCUUUCCCUUUUUAUCUUGGGAGGAAUGUAUUUCGUUUGCCAGCGAGUCGUAUGUCAGCGUUAUGCUGGGCCCAAUGGACCUUUUCCACAUGAGUAUGUCAGUGGUACGCCUCAUGUCCCCUUAAAUUUUAUUGCCCCAGGGAGUUCUCAGCAUGGGACUUUUACGGGCAUCUCUUGUGGAAAAUCAAUGAUUAGCUCCAUGAGCCUGAUGGGAGGAAGUAGUGGAGCACCUCUUUAUGACAGAAACCACGUAACAGGAGCCUCUUCUAGUAGUUCAUCCAGUACAAAAGCUACUUUCUAUCCACAGAUUCUGAAUCCACCACCUUCUCCUGCCACGGAUCGCUCCCUCUACAACACAGAAAUGUUCUAUUCCUCAAACAUUCCUUCAACAACAAGAUCAUACAGGCCAUACCUGAUCAGAGGGAUAGCUCCACCGACGACACCUUGCAGCACUGACGUCUGUGACAGCGACUACACAACAAGCCGAUGGAAAGCCAAUAAAUACUACAUAGAUCUAAAUUCAGACUCAGAUCCUUAUCCCCCUCCCCCUACACCCCGCAGCCAGUACAUGUCAGCAGAAGAGAGCUGCCCACCCUCUCCAGCCACUGAGCGAAGUUACUUCCACCUCUAUCCCCCUCCCCCAUCUCCUUGUACAGACUCUUCAUGAUUUCAGCAGAAGGCAUGCGUCUUUUUCCUGUAAAUAUAUUUUAAAUAUGAACAAAGAUUUUUAAAUAUAUAUUUUAUGAUUCUAAAAUGGGGUGGGAGCUUUUAAAAAAAAUGUGAAUAACAAUGGGUGGGCCAGGGCUGUGAAAAUUGUACAGCAACAGAAUAUUUAUAAGAUUUUUUUUAACUUAAUAUCCAUUCUUUUGUGCCAUAUUUUGCCUUUGCAUCGAAGUCACAAAAUUCAAAUUGACCUCCAAAGGAGGUGGGAAGUGGGAAAUAUAUACUUGGAGCCUCUUUUGAAACCAUCAUUUACAUUUAGUAGAGGGGAAUGUGUUGAGUUUUGUUUUAUGUUUUCUGUUUUAAAGAAGCAAAAAGGGGAAUAAAAUAUAUAUUGGUCAAAAUCCUCUAGCUAGCCAUAUGGCAUAACUUUUAGCCAUAUAGCCAUAGGGCAUAACAGUUGCCCCAAGUUAAGAAAUCGCUAUAGACGUUGUUGGUUGCACACAGAAUCACGCAACUGUUUAUGCAACUAUGAUUGUUUCUUUACUUGGAGCAGUUCUUCUCCAAAGUUAUGUUGUGUGUGCUAUGCCAGCAUAACUAGAUAAGAGGAUUUGCACCAUUGUGUGAGUGAAUGAUAGUGUUGUUUGAAAGGCACACACAGGAAAUACGUUUUUUGUUUUCUCUAGGAUACUUGAUCAUAGGUAAUUAACCACAAAUAAUGCAAUUUCUUUUGGAAAUGUUGAAUGCAGAAAGAAGCCCCUCCUCACCAUUCACUUUUAAGAAGAAUCUUUGCACAUGAAAAUGAGGAAUUCUGAAUCUUGUAUCCAGUUUUACCACUUGCACUGGGAUGAAAUAAGCAUGUUCGCCCAGUAGGCAGCUUUGUAUGCACAAACUCCUGUCAGGAUUCUGACAAAUUCUGUAGAAUAUUUAAUUGGGAAAGGAGUCAAAGCUUCAGCAUUUUAUAGAAGCCAUAAAUUCAGCUUUGCACGAGAAACAAGCAGUUGCCACUGUUUGUCUAUUGAAAAAUCAUAAUGAUCCAAAGAUAAUUUUGCUCCCCGUUGCUUUCAAACUUCUUUUUUUCAAUCUUCUCUCCCUGUCUCCUUUCCUUUUGAAUGCUCAAGGAAUCUUUGUGGGAAAAUUUCAUGCACAUAUUUUUGUUCACAUAAAUUAGGUGAAUAAAAAUAUUUGGGCUGAAAGGGGCAACCAAUUCACUCAGCAACAGAUUUAUGCAAUUAUUUGAUUAUAUAAAUACAGUAACGUAUUUUAGAAGGCUUUCAUGGCCAGGAUUCAAUGGUUGUUGUAGGUUUUUUGGGCUGCU